UGUGCGCGCUCCCGCCCCCCUGCGCUACGUGGCCGGACAGGAGCUGAGCGGGAGCGGCGGCUGUGGGAGCGGACGGCGGUCCGGGUCUGAGCCCGGCUACAGGCGCUAAGCUCUUUAAUCCCAGUUAUAAAGAAUGGUCCUCGGGUAUUACAUGCCAGUUACGUGACGGAACAGAGUGGGUAGAUCUCUGAAGUAACAACCAUGGGCAUACAGGAAACAGGGAAGUCCGAAGAUGAGAAAGUAUCGGAAGAAAAGGAGGGGCCAAGGAAUAUCUGGGGAUGCUGAAAAGCACCUCACUGGACAUUAUCGACAUUGGAAAAGGGUUGAAGAUGCAAUCGGAGAGACCCCACCUCGUGAGUCUGGGGCGUGGCCGGCUGAGCAUUGCCAUCACUCUCCUCCCUAUUAAUGAAGGCAAGACGAGGAUUGGCACUGAAGAUGCUGCUGUUCCACAGGAUAUUAUAAUACAAGGGCUGGAUGUGGCAGCGGAACACUGUUACAUCGAGAAUGAACAGGGGGUGAUCAAGCUGCACCCAUGCGGGAACUGCUGCACCAUGGAUGGAUUUCUGGUGAAGGAGCCCACACAACUGACCCAAGGCUGCAUUCUGUGCUUGGGCCAGUCCAACUACUUUCGCUUCAACCAUCCCGUGGAAGCGAAGCGGAUAAAGGACAUGAAGCCUGACAGCGAGACCAUCUCCGCACCUGGUAAUGUCCCAGGUCUCCCUAACAGCCGGACCUUGGCACACGUCCCAGCCCCGCGAGCACCGAGCAGCCACAGCCUCCCAGACAUCGAGGCCCUUCUCACGGCGACCAGGCCCACAAAGACUGCCCGACAUGGCCUGGGACCCGAGGGGCAGGGUCCCCCUCCUGCCGACGGACAGCCCUCCCCCAGCUCCUGGCUAGCCUCCCCUCGCAGCCCCUCCCCUCAGCUGCCAAUCGGCAGGCAGCCCGGUGCCAGCUCUCAGCAGCCCUUCCUCGCCGGCUCGCCCGUCCUGCUGACCCCCCCACGGAGCCCCCCCUCCGAUGGCCCUUGGGGGAGGAGGCUGGAGCAGUGGGGGCCACCCAGGAGCCAGGGGCUCUCCUACGGGAACCCCCUGGCAGAGAGCCGCCCCCGACUGGCUAGCUGGGACGACGGCAGGUGGCCAGAAAGGGCGUGUUUGAGCUCAGGACCGCCCCGCCCAGGGUCAGGCUGGGGGAAAGAGUCGGCUAGCAUGCCCUCCAGCCCCAGAAUGCCCCGCAGGCUGCCCCUGGCACCCGCCCCCGCCGAAUACUGGUACACGGGGCAGGAGAGGGUGUCCCUCAGCGACGGAGUCUCCGGGGCGGCUCCCCGAGCCAGGGUGGGGGCCGGGGGUUGCCUGCGGCAGAUGGGGGUCCACAGCCGCUCGCUGCCCAAGCUGCACCGAGCGGGCGAGACCCAGCUGGUCCCCUUCACCUCCAUCCCAUCCGCUGACCACCCCGAGGGCCUCCCAGAGCCCAGCCCCAGGUACUUCCCGCUGCCUGUCCAGGGAUUCCGCCAGCUCCGGCCCUGGCCCCACCCGUGCCCUGAGGCUGAAGGGAACAGCCCGAGGAACAGCCACAGGAUGGCCCUGGCCCUGGCCCUGACCCCGCCCGGACGGGACAGCCCCCUCGGCCGGAGCGGCCUCCAGAACGGGUGCCCCCUCCCGGGGUCGGAGCCCACUGCCUGGGCUCGGAGCGUUCCCGGCAGCCCGCUGCACUUCCAUGGCCGCGACGGCGGGAGGCCGCUGGCCCACCGCUCUGCCUCACCCGCCUUCCGACAGCGCGCCAACAGUAUUAGCUCCCUCGGGGACAACGAGGAGGACCUGAUGGAUUACCACCAGCGGCAGAAGGAUGAGAGGCUGCGCGAGCAGGAGAUGGAGCGUCUGGAACGGCAGCGCUUAGAAACGAUCCUGAACCUUUGCUCGGAGUACAACAAGACGGACGGUGGCACAACUGGGGCCGCGGUGAGCAGCAUUGAGAAGAUUGGGGAAGAGCUGCACAAACUCUCGCUGUCCCAGAGCAGAGGGUGCUCGCCACACCUGGAGUCCAACGGCCGCAGUGGCAGUGAGAGCGAUCCCAGGGCGAUGGCGAGAGCCUCACCCUGCACCUCCUCCGUGUUCGACUUCAGUCCGUCCGGCAGAAGGUCAAGGAGGAAUUCUGGUUGCAUGGACCCAAGCGGAUGUGUGGAACUAAACCGCACACAGGUGGGGCGACCUCUGCACCCAUCAUCUUCCAGUGCAGCUGAAACUCCCCCCAAGUAUCCAACUGUUUCCACUUCGUCCUACUCUCCGAAGCCGCCACACCGGCAGAAUGAUCUGGCAGAGAGGUUGUGUCUGUUUGGUGAUGUUGGGGAAGGAGGUCCCAUGGAUACGGGUAACAUGGAGGACAAGAUAUUGGCAGAGAGGAACAUAAAGGAACAAAUCACCCAGUUGGAUGAAGAAUGCAUGGCCAUUCUAAACAACGUGGAAGAGAUUAACCUGAAGAUCAAAGAGCUGGACAAUCAGAUGGAAGAAUCUUCACAAGAGAUGGAGAUGGAGCGAGCUUUGUUGGAAGGGGAGCAGGAUUCGGAGAUGUCACAUGUCCAAUACGAGAAGGAUGUGCUUGAGCAACUACACAAAAAGCUAACUGACCUAGAGGCCAGUGUUACAUCCGAAAAGGCAAAGGAUGGUGAACAGCUGGAUGCUGAUGUGAAGCGAUACGAUGACCUGGAGUUUCAGCAGCUGGAGCAGGAGAGUAGGCUUGAGGAGGAGAAGGAGACCCUCUCCAAACAGCUGCUGGGUGAGGUGGCAGAGUACCAGCAGAGUAUUGCCACCAGGGAGAAAAAGAUUGCAUCAUUGAGGAAUCAGGCCAAUCAGAUCGUGCAGCAAGCUCAGCUGGAGCACCAACACUUCACAAAGGAGAAGAACAACCUGCUGACAAUGUUGCAGAGAGAAAAAGAGAACCUGAUGAGUUUGGAGAAGGUCUACUGUGAAAGCACUGGUGGGACCAGCCUCCCUAUCAAUCCAAACAUACUCAAAGAGGACUAUGUGACUGUGAGCCAGAUCAAUCAGUUGUACAGCACCAGCUGCCCUUGUGUGUGGGUGGCCCCACCCGCUGAGCCUGCCGCUGAGGACUCCAUGCACCAGCAGAGAGGGGCGGCUCACCCUCAGGAGAGCUUCCGUACUCUGGAGGACAGGAAGAAGCAGCAGAAAGAGGGUAUUUACCAGAGCGACACAGUGCCAAGGAAAAAGGCCAACGCAGGUACUACCUCGAGGUUCAGUAGUUCGACACUUGGCCGCAGUUCCACCCCUAAGAGUCACUUAACCCUGGUGCAAAGUAACAGCUGUGGCAAUAUUCCUCCUCACAACACCACAGCAAGUGUGAAGGAGUUGGACAUUCGGAGGCUUCAAGGACACAAAGGACCAGCCUUGCAUUCCAAGGGGAAUCGCAGGAAAGGAACCCGGCAUCACCGUGCCAGUGAGGAACAGAGAGUGAAAGCCCAGGACCAGACCAGCACUGGGCUAGAACGCUCCCCCUGUACUGACAACGGCUAUAAGGACAGUGCCUUCGAUGCCCUCAGCUUGGACAGCUCUGACAGUGUGGACACCAACUUGUCUGCGUGUUCCCCUGACAACAUUUCCAGUGCUAGUACGUUCAAUGUGGCGAAACUUGAAGAGAUGGAACGCCUUUUGAAGGAGGCACAGGCUGAAAAGGCGUGGCUCAUCGAGAGCAAAGAGCGGGAGAUGGAGGCAAAGAAGCAGGCAUUGGAAGAGGAGCGGUGCCGCAGGGAGCAGCUGGAGAAGAGGCUACAGGAGGAGACUGAACGCAGGCAGCAGCUGAUCGAGAAGGAAGUUAAAAUGCGAGAGAAGCAGCGAUGGCAGGCCAGGCCACUGACUCGCUACCUCCCGGUCAGGAAGGAAGACUUUGACCUGCGGUCUCACAUCGAAGCAGCCGGCCACACUGUGGAGACUUGCUACCAUGUGUCCCUCACAGAGAAGACCUGCAGAGGCUUCUUGAUCAAAAUGGGCGGCAAAAUUAAAACCUGGAAGAAGCGCUGGUUUGUUUUCGACCGGACUAAACGGACGCUCUCGUAUUACGCAGACAAACACGAAACCAAAUUGAAAGGGGUGAUCUAUUUCCAAGCCAUUGAGGAGGUGUACUACGACCACUUGAAGAGUGCGCACAAGAGCCCCAAACCUUUGCUUACCUUCAGUGUGAAGACCCGGGACAGAAUUUUCUACAUGGUGGCACCAUCUCCUGAGACCAUGAGGAUCUGGAUGGAUGUCAUUGUAACAGGAGCUGAAGGUUACACCCAGUUCCUGCUCUAGUGGAAGCUUUGUGUCUUUAUAGCCUUAUUUUGCAUGCAAAGUUUUUCAAGAUAUUUAUGAAACAAGACUCUUUGCUACAAACCACUGUUGGAGCUCUAUCUAUGUUAUCUCAAACGUUGUGACAAUCAUACACAGGUUAAAGUAUUACAGUAUUAAUGUGCGUGAACAAAUUGGAGCCUUUAGAUGUUCUGGUAUCAGAGGAAAGGAAGCCUUUGUGACAGAGACGUGCCCAAGUGUAGGAAUGUGACUUGGUGCCUGGUAUGCGUGAGAGAUUGAAUGUGCCUCAAUGCAUAGGGUGGGUGUGUGUGUAUCUGUGUCUCAGGGCACAUGUGAUAGUCAUGCCCAGGUGUGCGGCUAUAUCUCUGUGCUGGCAUGAACCUGUGUGUGUGAUGUGGCUUUGAACCUAAUCUGUAUGCCCUAUGUGUGCCUGCUCUGAGUCUGGUAUUUGUCCCCAGCUAUGCAAGGGUCCUUGUGGGGGUGUUGUAGCUCUAAUGCCUUAGAGUGUGCGUGUGACUAUGCCCAGUAGUACCCCAAUGUGUGUGUGUGUGUGUGUGUAAUUGUGCCCAGUAUACACCCCCCAUGUGUGAGUAUGACUGUGCCCAGUGUACACCCCCAGGUGUGCAGCUGUGCUUCAUUAUCUGUAACUUGCCCAGGUUGUCUGCAUACCUCACCCUUGUGGGUCCCCUUGUGUGUGAAAAGCCGGCAGUAAUCAGUUGGGAUGGAAAACUUGUUUUAAAAUGGCCGGUUGAUUUUAAAGGGCAGCCUUGCACGUUUUGAAACCUUACUUUUCAGGACCAGCUAUUACAAAAUACAGACAUUUCUGCGGUCAAUGUCUCCCCAGAUGCCAAAUCUGGGCUGGACUGGCAGACCGGCUCUCUGCCAGAGCCAAGGCACUCAGUGGGAGCAAUCCCAGCCCAGGAUGUACCCGGACAUGGCAUUGGUGACUUGUCCAGCAAGAGAGCUUGUACUUUCUUUCCUCAUCUUCUUUUAAGUUUUAAUUGUUAUUUUAUUUAAACAGCCUAUUUUUAAGUGAUAUUUGUAUUAUUAAAAAUAAAGAUCAGGUAGCAGGGAUAAUCUUGCCAGCAAUGACUCUGGCACCUCGCGGGCAGUGUAACUGGCAGCAUCCACUGUGGUUUAUCAAAGCUUUAAUAUGUUAAUAUUGCAUACUGCUAAUAUGCCAAGUUUGCCAAAGGAAUGGCUGCUUCAUCUCCAACAGUUACCUUCGAUAUCACAGCCAGACUGAAAGGAAUGUGUAACUGAAAGCAAGCCGCCAAGAUAUGGUACUUGUAUAGGAACAGGAGAAAGCCAUUCACUCCCUGGAAUCUGCUCCCUUACCCCCUCAGAGCAACAAAAAACAACUGUAAGCUGCUUGAAGCCAUAUAAAUAUAUCAACUGACCUCAUUGUAUCCUGCAAUUAUAACUUCAUACCUUAAACUAAACAGACUUUUGCCAGCUUCCGGAGAUCUGGAAAUAAGUUGGAAGUUUUGGUUUGAUUUCUGAUGUUGCCAAAAUUGAUGCCACAUUUAGGAAUCCCUGCUGCCUCCACCGAGCUUUGAUGUUUCAUUCCCGAGUAGGCACGCAGCUACUGGUGGGAAGAGCAACAUAUAUGGACUGUGCCUUUAAGACCCAAAGCUCAUCAGACUUGUGAGAUCUACAUGCAGAGCUGUGGAACUGGCCUCUCCCCUUCACUUCCUUGUCCACCCUUGUCACCAACCCUCUCCCUGCCGCCCCAGCAUCAGAAAGCAUUGCAGAAUUCAGCUUUCCCCUUUGUGAAUCAUAGCUCAAAGGACCACCAACAAUUUCUUCAAGCAACGAUGUCCCAAUUUCACGUUUGUUUUGUGGCUUUUUACAAAAUAUACGCCAGAAGUGUUUAGCGCUCUGAAUACAGCUGAAGUCCAACUUGUGGACAACUGAUUCCAACUUCCCUACUCCCUGAAGAAAGCACAUGUAAAAACCUCUAGUCUUGCUUCAUUCAUCUUCCUUACCCAAGGCUCCCUCCUUCCUCCCACCCCAGUGUCCAUUGAAUGGAAAUUCCUUUGCGUUGGCCCUUUCUGCCCUUUACUAUCCUUCUUCGGAAACAUUUAUUGGGGAGAGGCCAAAGUAGGAUCAGUUGGCAUCACUGAUCUUGGAGCUUGACAAGUUCAAGAUAUUUAAAUAGAGUGGAAAGCAGUUUAGGUGGGAAAUCUCACUUUUUACUUACUUUGACCAAUUCUUGUAUAAUGGGCAAAUAUUUGUGAUUAAGUUUGCCAUGGUGUCAGAGAGUUUAUUUUAUCACAAAGGUUUUAACUAAUUAUAUCAUGAAUGGCUGUUAUCAGCUUAAUCAUUUUAUCAGCUGCCCUGUGUACAUGCAUCUAAGCUCAUUAUUUAUUCUCUAUUACUUUAUAAUAUAUAAGGGAUUUUAUAUGUUACACAGUCUUGAUUAAUUUCCUAUUUGAAAUGUCUUUAAUAUGGUUGCAUCUUAUAAGGAAUCUCUAAAUUUGAAUAAAAAACAAAUAUCUUUCU